CCGGCUUCUCUCCUUUUCUCCACGCAUGGCUGCUGUGUUCCUUCAAAUAUAACUUCAGUAUAAAGUUCUGGUGGCGGAGGCAGAGGGGGGGGGGUCUCCGCUUAAAAAGAUGGACCAUUUAACAAGGAGCAGGUCGCGCAGGAGAAUACCGCUAUUUGUUUGCAUCCUGCUUCACGUGACGACGACACAAGCUGCCGAUCCCAUUGACGUCCUGCAAGUGCUGGAGCUGUCAGAGAACAUGGAAGGGGUGUCCUUGGAGGUUGGUCUCUGCACCAGCAGGAGGAGCUCGGAGGAGACGGACCUAGCUUACAAAAUAGAUAAAAAGAUCCAGCUGAGUGCUCCCACUAAACAGCUCUUCCCAGAUUCCAUAUUUCCUGAGAAUUUUUCCGUGAUGGCUACAGUGCGAGCUAAAAAGGACUCGCAGUUCUUCCUGCUUUCAGUGUAUGAUGACCAGGGGGUGCAGCAGCUGGGGCUUGAAGUGGGCCGUUCGCCCGUCUUCCUGUAUGAGGACCAGCACGGGCAGCCCACACCAGAAAUGUACCCCAUCUUUAAGAAAAUCAACCUGGCUGAUGGAAAAUGGCACAGAAUAGCCUACAGUGUGCAGGGCAAGUCUGUGACCCUGUACUUGGACUGUCAGAGGAUAGAGACCCUGGAUCUGCUGCGAGGGGACGACUCUGUCGUCAGCACAGAGGGUGCCACUGUGUUUGGGACACGGCUGAUGGACGAAGAUGUGUUUGAGGGAGAUAUUCAGCAACUACUGAUUCUGGAGGACCCCCAGGCCGCUGCCAACUACUGUGUAAACUACAUACCAGACUGUGACUCUGAGUUGCCCUACAACAGCAAAUCCCUGGUUGUGCAGAAGAACUCCCAACUUGGGUCUGAUGCCCUGAUGCAAAGCGACCAGCCCGACGAACCAAAGGAGCAUUCCAAAAAGGACAAGAAAGGCAAAAAGAACAAAAAGAAGAGGGACAAGGGCUCUCAAGGCAAACGGAAAGGCAAGGGCAGGAAGGCAUCCAGAAAGAAAAAACAUGAAGAGGAGGGUCUUGCGGAUGGCUUCCUCAGCGUGUCCACAAUACUGCCCGAGUAUCUAUCCCAAGAACCUUUUCAGCCCACAGAGUUGCCAGAAAUUAAAAGCACGGCAGAAACUUUCAUCCCCACUGAAGUGUUCGACAAGACCCUCGUGGAGAUGCCCACACAUGAACCUGACUCUACAACUGAGGCCCCCACUGUGGUGCCUAGUGCAAUGCCUGAAUUAAAGGUUACUGAGGAGGAGGACAAGCCAGUGAAGGAGGCAGUGAUAGAAGAGCACGGAGAUGACCUUUACGGAGACCUCCACUAUGAUCUCUCAGUUUCCACGGUAACAGUGAGCCUGAAUGUUACCGAUUAUGAGGUUCUCGAAUACGAAGAUUACAAGAAUGACACAGAGUCAGAGUAUGAAGAGUAUGAAAUAUACGAAGACGGCUUUGAAUUUGCAGAGCGGGAAAGAGCAGAGACGUGGGAUGCAGAGGCUAGCCUCAGAGCAGAGAAAGGCCAGAAGGGAGAGCCAGCUAUUAUUGAGCCGGACACAUUGGUGAAAGGACCUCCAGGUCUACCAGGGCCACAGGGGCUCACUGGCCCAGCUGGACCAACAGGCCCUCCAGGACCCAGGGGAGAUCUUGGUGAAUUGGGUCCCCAAGGACGUUCUGGUCUUGCUGGGGUUGAUGGGAUUCCAGGUCCUCCAGGAACCCUGUUGAUGCUACCAUUCCAGUAUGGAGGAGAUUCCCAGAAGGGGCCAGUGGUGUCUCCCCAGGAGGCACAGGCUCAGGCUAUCCUGCAGCAGACGCAGCUGUCACUGAAGGGACCUCCAGGUCCAUUGGGUCUUACAGGGCGACCAGGCCCACUGGGAGUUACAGGUUCCACUGGGCUCAAAGGAGACAGAGGAGACAAUGGCCCUCCAGGACCCCAGGGGGUGCUAGGCUCUCUAGGAAUUAGUGGAAAGACUGGAAAGAGGGGGCGUGCGGGAAUGGACGGCGGUCGUGGAGCUCCAGGUGAAACAGGCUCUAAGGGGGACAGGGGAUUUGACGGCCUGCCAGGUCUCUCAGGAAACAAAGGACACAGAGGGGACAGAGGAAAGCCGGGUCCUCAUGGGCCUGAUGGAGAGUCAGGAGAAAAGGGAUCUGAUGGACCUUUGGGGCCGAGAGGGCAAGCAGGCGAACCCGGUUCUCGGGGUCUUGUUGGGCCAAGGGGACCACCUGGCCCACCUGGCCAGCCGGGUAUUCGUGGAACAGAUGGCGUACAAGGGUCGAAGGGAAACCUGGGUCCAGCUGGAGAGAUAGGGCCCCCAGGUCAACAGGGAAAUCCAGGAGUACAGGGCUUGUCUGGUCCUCAGGGUCCCAUUGGAUUGCCAGGAGAGAAGGGUCCACAGGGGAAACUAGGCAUGCUGGGACUACCAGGCAUUGAUGGACCUACAGGUCACCCAGGGAGAGAGGGCCCCGCAGGAGAGAAAGGCAUCCAAGGUUUACCAGGCGCUCAGGGACCUGUUGGGUACCCAGGGAUCCGUGGAGUCAAGGGAGCCGAUGGAGUUCGGGGUCUAAAGGGGAGCAAAGGAGAGAAAGGGGAAGACGGCUUCCCUGGUUCAAAAGGUGACAUGGGCAUCAUUGGAGACAGGGGUGAUAACGGUAAUAAUGGUGCUCGUGGAGAGGAUGGACCAGAAGGGCCUAAGGGCCAAUCAGGACCCUUUGGGGAGUCAGGAGGUAACGGGAUAGCUGGCGAGAAGGGUAAACUCGGUGUGCCUGGAUUGCCAGGAUACCCAGGAAGACAAGGUUCUAAGGGAUCACUUGGCUUCCCUGGUGGAGCCGGUGUCUCAGGAGAAAAAGGACGAAGGGGUCCAGCUGGUCAGCCAGGGACUGGGGGCCAACGAGGUCCUAAUGGAGCCCGGGGGGGAAGAGGAGCAAAGGGGCCCACUGGAAAGCCUGGAGAAAAGGGUACUGCUGCACAAGAUGGUCCUCCAGGAUCACCCGGAGAACAGGGCCCCCAAGGACCACAGGGAAGAAACGGGGAACCAGGACUGAAAGGGCCUAAUGGUCUACCUGGGAAAGAUGGACUACCAGGUCAUCCAGGCCAGAGAGGGGAACCAGGCUUUCAAGGCAAAAACGGACCCCCCGGACCCUCAGGUGUUGUUGGACCACAGGGCAAAUCUGGUGAGACAGGACCAACUGGAGACAGAGGCCAUCCCGGUUCUCCUGGACCACCGGGUGAGCAUGGUUUACCGGGAUCUGCCGGAAAGGAGGGCGCAAAAGGAGACCCAGGUCCAUCAGGAGCCUCGGGGAAAAGUGGCCCAGCUGGGCUGCAAGGCUUCAGAGGGAGCAGAGGGACCCCCGGUGCAAUGGGUCCUGCAGGUCUGAAGGGAGGAGAGGGCCUACCUGGUGUUGCAGGACUUCUCGGUGCCACUGGGGAGAGGGGCCCCGCUGGGUCGGCUGGUGCUAUUGGCCAGCCAGGACGGUCCGGCGGCUUGGGUCCCGCUGGGCCGAUGGGAGAGAAAGGCGAGCCAGGAGAGAAGGGGCCAGUGGGGCCAGCUGGGCAUGAUGGAGAAGAGGGACCUGCAGGGCUGCCAGGGGCUGCUGGAUCUCUUGGGCCUCCAGGAGAGGACGGAGACAAGGGAGAGAUAGGAGAAUCAGGACAGAAGGGCGGCAAAGGAGACAAAGGAGAAUCUGGACCCCCAGGACCUGUUGGAGGACAAGGACCUGUGGGCCAAUCAGGAUUGCCAGGUGCAGAUGGUGAGCCAGGUCCUCGUGGGCAGCAGGGCAUGAACGGGGGGAAAGGAGAUGAAGGACACAGAGGCUUUAAGGGCGCAUCUGGUCCCUCUGGACUACAGGGAAUGCCAGGACCACCAGGGGAUAAAGGAGAGAGCGGUCAUGUUGGCUCAAUGGGGCCUCCAGGACAGCACGGCCCACGAGGCCCUCAGGGGUCCAGUGGUGGGGAGGGCCCACCUGGAAUGCCUGGUGGGGUUGGUCAGCCUGGACUUGUUGGAGAGAAGGGUGAGGACGGAGAAGCUGGAAACCCUGGGUCAGUCGGAGAGCCUGGCAUUGCUGGUGGUAAAGGCGAUUUGGGGGAAAAGGGUGACUCUGGCCUUCCUGGUACAGCUGGGCCUCCAGGAGUCCGAGGAACACCAGGGGAGGACGGACCCAAAGGCAACCUUGGGCCUAUUGGAUUCCCCGGAGAUUUAGGACCUCCUGGAGAACUUGGCGUCAAUGGAGUAGAUGGUGGACCAGGGACUAAAGGAGACAGUGGAGAAUCAGGCAAAGCAGGACCUCCAGGAGCCUCUGGAGAGCCGGGUCCUUCAGGACCUCCGGGACGAAGGGGUCAUAUAGGUGCUGCAGGAAAAGAAGGGAAGCAAGGCAUGAAGGGAGCCAAGGGUACAAUAGGAAACCAGGGUACAGGGGGGAAGACAGGUCCAGUGGGAUCCCAAGGGCAGCCAGGGAGGGCCGGCCCAGAAGGCCUUCGAGGCAUCCCAGGUUCUGCGGGUGAGCAUGGGUUAAAUGGGCCACUAGGACAAACUGGACCCCCAGGACCAAUAGGGCCACCAGGACUUCCAGGACUAAAAGGAGACCCUGGAAACAAGGGAGAUAAGGGUCAUGGUGGGCUGAUCGGUCUAAUUGGCCCCCCAGGAGAACAUGGCGAGAAGGGAGACAGAGGCCUGCCAGGGAACCAGGGUACACCAGGGCCUAAAGGAGAUGAGGGUACGACCGGUACAUCUGGUCCCAAUGGCCCGCUGGGACCACCUGGACUGUCAGGUUCAGCUGGCGACAAAGGAUCGAAGGGAGAAAUGGGUUUUGUUGGUCCCAGAGGAGAUCCAGGCGGCGCUGGCCCACCAGGACCCCCAGGACCCCCUGCGACAAUGAUUGAGCCCCUGCCUAUCAGGGAAGGCAGGCGAAAGAGACGUAGGCACUCCGAUCCGGCAGGAGGAGCAGCCCCAUCCAGGGAGGAGGAAGUGGAUAUGGAUAUGGAGGAGUUACUCCAGGGAGAUCAGCCUCUGGAGGACGCUGAGGGAAUGGAAGAAGUCUUUGCCACUCUGUCUUCCAUGAAAACAGAAGUGGAGGUGAUGAGGAGGCCUCUGGGAACCUUUGAGAGCCCUGCUCGGACCUGCAAAGAGCUCAUGAUGGUCAAACCUGACUACAAAGAUGGAGACUACUGGCUUGAUCCAAACCAGGGCUGUCACAGAGACUCCAUCAAGGUCUACUGUAACUUCACAGCUGAUGGAGAGACAUGUCUCUACCCUGACAAGAGGAUUGAGAAUGUAAAAUUAGCAGCAUGGAACAAAGAGAAGCCAGGAAGCUGGUACAGCCAAUACAGGAAAGGCAAGCAGUUCUCCUACAGUGACAGGGAUGGGAACCCUGUGCAUGUAGUUCAGAUGACCUUCCUCAAACUACUGAGUGCCACGGCCAAGCAGAGCUUCACCUAUACCUGCCAGAACUCGGCCGGUUGGUUUGACAGCACUUCCCGCUCCUACCAGAGUGCCCUCCGCUUCCAGGGCAGCAAUGACGAGGAGUUGACACAAGCCAAAAGCCCCUUCAUCAAUGCAGUACAUGAUGGAUGCCAGUUCCGCAAAGGUCAGGAAAGGACUGUUCUGGAGAUCAACUCCCCCACAGCAGAGCUGCUCCCUAUUAUAGAUGUGGCUCCAGCAGACUUUGGCAACAGCAACCAGAAGUUUGGAUUCCAAGUUGGACGAGUUUGCUUCAAUGGUUAACAUCUCGCCAACAACAACAAAAAAGACCCGCACAGAAGGUUUUUUGUAAAAGAAACUGGACUUUUACCGCUGCCCCAAGCAAUAUUUAUUAUAUCAUGUUCCUGUAUGUGUUGGGUUUGUGGUAUAUUAUUUAAGACUCUUCAGCGGCCAUUGAAAUAGGUUCUAUGGCUUUACAACAAUCAGAAGAAUGGCGAGGAAGAGGACAUGUAGCGGUGGGAACAAAGCACAUUUACCAAAGGGAAAUAUUCCAAUAAGAUAUAUUUAAUUUUAAGUGUUGUUCUUUUCUUUUUCUUUCACUGUUUGAGUGUGUUGUAAUUUAUCCUCUAGAAUUACGAGGACUGCAACACUUGAUGAUGACCACUUAUAAAACCAGACAGAUGUGUCCGAUCCUGGAAAGGAACAGACAUUCUGUGGUAUGGGUCGGGGGAGGGGGACUUCUCAGGCCUUGGAUGAACUAGUUUCUACUUAAUGUUUUACAAAGACUUCGACUGAAUAAAUCAGAGACGUUGUCUUACUCAUUUGCAUGCUCAGAUUUCACUCUAAUGACAAUUGCAUAGCAGUUGUGAACUAGCCUAGCAUAUUAAUUCCACACAAGCGGCGUAAUUAAUUUCCUGUGUGCAGGAAUGAUAAAUUGUCCUUUUUACCCUUCAAAUGCAGUUUGCUCAGUGAAUUACCUUGAUUAGUAUUCAAUAGGCGUAGCUAGUUAUUGAACCCGAUACUUACUUGAACGGAUAAGGUUGUUUCCUUUAUUGGACUGCUUCCCUCUAUGGGCCUGAUAAUAAGCUUUUUGAGCCCUCCAUGUUUCCGAGGACUACAGUACUGUAUAUGUCAGACCAACAUCAUACUACUGUGGUAUAUACUUUCAAUGACAUACUUCAGCAACUACGUUGGGGAUAUUUCAGGGCAAGAAUUAAGAGAAUGCUGAUUAAAAUGGUCUCUAGUGUUAACUGCAGUUCUUUAUACCAAGACAUCUCUUGAAAGCAUUUUAUAACUGCUGACAUAACCCGUUUUCAAUUUUCUGCCACACUCAGAGGCGUUUCUCCGUUUUGUUCAUAUGUGGAAAUUUCUAUAGAAUAUGUUGAUGUUCAUGUGACAUGAUUUACUCUUCAGUGGUGCUAAAGAUGAUUUUUAUUUGUAUUUUGUUUGUGUGUCUCUGUGGGCAGGAUUAUAGGACUAGAGAGGGAGAGGGUUAUUGCUCUUCCAGCAGCAUUAAACACCCUCAGAGGCCGGGGACUAGUCGGCUGGGUUUUUUUUUUGCACAUCUUCUGGCUGAUUGUGCCAAUUUCACAGGGCCAGUGAAAGGAGGUUAGGGACAGUUCAGAGCAAUGUGGUUGAUAGCUUUAAAGGGAAAGUCCAUCUUAAACUGAAUUUAUAUUGUAGUAUUCCAUUUCUACCAAUGCAGUGAACUCUCUCCCUAAACUAGAAGGUCAGGCAUCAAGACUGGAGUUAAUGGUGUCAUCAGGAAACAUUUUUAAAAACUUAAUCCGUUUUAGAUUUCUUUCACAUUUCUUUAAGGAAUUAAGGAUCAUUCAUCGUCAUUCUGCAACACAGAGUUGCACAACCAAAUGCAAUUGUAGCCUAGUCCAUUUAUGCUACACAAAAAACAUGACAAAACAAAAAAACUAACAAUCUAUCUUUGAAAAUUGUAGAGCUAUGAAUCAGAAAUUGUCCUUACAUCCCGGUAAAUGAACAGGGGUGACAUUAUAGUGCCAUUUUACUCCAUUAUUCACUGUUUUUAGAUGAAAUAUUACAGAAAUUACCAGUAUGUGAACACUAUUGAUGAUGAUUUUCCCUUUAACAAAUGAAAUCUUAAUGCUCUGUCUACCUCCUGUGUGUAAUUUUGCAAUCCACUCCUGCUGUUCUAUUUGUUUCAAAGCAUUUAAACAUUUAAGUGAUUAACUCGUCUCCUUCUAUCCCGUCCUGCGCUGCCCCUCCUGUGUAUAGAGUUUGUUGUGCUAAUUUUAUAUACUGUACAGUUAUUAUGAGGACUUUAUGGGCAGUAACCGGCUGCCUGAAUGAAAAAAAAAUGUAUCUGUCAAAAAUUGAUGAGCGAUUAAAAACAAACAAGAAAUAA